GGUUGAUCACGACAUUAACUGGUUCCUAAUCCAGCGAUACCAGACAUGGUUGAGAAGAAGUAUCUUUUGGUUACGGGCGCUACGGGGAAGCAAGGCGGCGCCCUCGUCCGCGCCCUCCUCGCCCACCCCUCCUUCCCCACCUCCCCCUUCCAUAUCCUCUGCCUCACCCGCACCCCCUCCUCCCCCGCCGCCCAAUCCCUCCUCGCCCUCUCCGAUCGCAUCUCCCUCCACCCGGGCGACUUCUCUGACUGCCCCUCCAUCUUCACCACCGCCCCGGGCCCCAUCUGGGGCGUCUUCUCCCUCCAAACCCCCUUCGGCCCAAGCGGCGCCGACCGCGAAGAACAGCAUGGCACCGCCCUCACCGCCGCCGCCGCCACCCACGGCGUGCAGCAUCUCAUCUACGCCUCCGUGGACCGCGGCGGCGCGGCCCGCUCGGACGAGAACCCGACCAAAAUCCCGCACUUCCGCUCGAAGCACCACAUCGAGGCACAUCUGAAGCGCACGGCGGCGGAGCACGGGAUGGCGUGGACGAUCGUGCGGCCGGUGGCGUUCAUGGAGAAUUUGGUGCCGGGGAUGAUGGGAAAGGUGUUUUCGACGGCGUGGAGGGAGGCGAUGACGCCGACGCGGAAUCUGCAGUUGGUGAGCGUGCGAGACUUGGGGAGGGUGUCGGCGGAAGCAUUCGUGGGGUUUGAGAAGGAGGGGAGGGAGGGGAAGUGGGAUGGGAGGGCGGUGUCGGUAGCGGGGGAGGAGAUGAAUUAUGAGGACUUGGAGAAUGUGUUUCGGCAUACGGUGGGGUAUGAGUUGCCGACGACGUUUGGGUUCCUAGCGAAGGGGAUCAUGUGGGUGAUGCCGGAGUUUGGGGAGAUGUUUAAGUGGUUUGAGGAGGAGGGGUACGGUGCGGAUAUCAAGGCGGUAACGAAGGAGUUCGGGCCGUUCGUGGAUGUGUCGACAUAUCUUAAGCAGGAUUCGGGGUUUGUGACUGAUUAGACUGAGAAUGGUUUCAGGUAUCUAGGCAAGGGUCAGUUGUUAUGAGGCAUUCUCAUCUUUCAGACUGGUCAAGGACAUGGAGACAAUUUGCUGUAUAAUUUUUUUGAAAUGCUAGCAAUAAAGCUGCUCCAGCAUAGCCUCGCCAUUGGUAUCAAAGGCUACUAAGCGUUCCGACC